AUCUUGCCUUGCUUGUUCCUUAGUGAUUUCUUCGUCCAGCCUCCAAUAGCCUCCCCUUUUUGCUUCUAAGCAACGGUCUCUACUCAAAGGUUAGAUUGAAUUGAACUUUCGAGAUGUCCCAAGCUUCCCUCGCCCCUCCGGUGGCCAAAAGCCAAUCUGAAAACCUGAGGGCGAACGACAAUAUUCGUCGUUUUAGUGCACCUUCUCGCCCAAGGUCCCCACCAGCGGAGCACACUCUUUUCCACACUAAAACCCGUGCAUUUGUCUAUGGGUUGCAGCCAAGAGCUUGCCAGGGAAUGCUGGAUUUUGACUUCAUCUGCAAGCGUAAAACCCCUAGUGUAGCUGCAAUUAUUUACCCCUUUGGUGGACAAUUUGUAUCCAAGAUGUAUUGGGGAACUUCCGAGACAUUGCUUCCUGUCUACCAGUCUGUAGAGAAGGCUUGUGAGAAGCACCCCGAAGUUGACACUGUUGUGAACUUUGCUAGUUCCCGCUCGGUGUAUUCUAGCACUUUGGAACUUAUGGAGAAGCCUCAGAUCAAGUCUAUUGCGAUCAUUGCUGAAGGUGUUCCAGAGAGGCGCGCGCGUGAAAUCAUGCACAUUGCUCAGCAAAAGAAUAUCACCAUUGUAGGACCUGCUACUGUUGGUGGUAUCAAACCAGGAUGCUACAAGAUUGGUAAUACCGGAGGAAUGAUGGAUAAUAUUGUAGCCUCAAAGCUUUACCGCAAGGGAUCUGUUGGAUACGUCUCCAAAUCUGGUGGUAUGAGUAACGAAUUGAACAAUAUUCUCGCCGAGGUAACCGAUGGUGUUUAUGAGGGCGUUGCUAUUGGAGGAGAUAGAUACCCUGGAACUACUUUCAUUGAUCAUUUGUUGAGAUACGAACUCGAUCCAGAGUGCAAGAUCCUUGUCCUUCUUGGUGAGGUUGGUGGUGUAGAGGAAUAUCGGGUGAUCGAGGCCGUUAAGAACGGAACGAUUACCAAGCCUAUCGUUGCAUGGGCCAUCGGAACUUGCGCUUCUAUGUUCAAGACUGAGGUGCAAUUCGGACAUGCUGGCUCUUUUGCCAACUCGCAGCUCGAGACCGCAGCAUCCAAGAAUGCUGCCAUGAAAGAGGCAGGAUUCCACGUUCCCGAAACCUUUGAGGAAUUUCCCCAGACCUUGGCUACUGUUUACCAGGGUCUAGUCAAGGCUGGCACUAUCGUUCCGCAGCCUGAGCCUGUUGUUCCAAAAAUUCCCAUUGAUUAUUCCUGGGCCCAAGAACUGGGUCUUGUCCGUAAACCUGCUGCAUUCAUCUCUACCAUCUCCGACGAUCGUGGACAGGAACUUCUGUAUGCUGGUAUGCCCAUUUCUGAUGUCUUCAAGGAAGACAUCGGGAUUGGAGGUGUUAUGUCUCUUUUGUGGUUCCGUCGCCGUCUACCUGAAUACGCCUCCAAGUUCCUGGAAAUGGUAUUGAUGUUAACUGCUGACCAUGGACCGGCUGUUUCCGGCGCAAUGAAUACCAUUAUUACCACCAGAGCCGGAAAGGAUUUGAUUUCUGCCCUUGUAUCCGGUCUGUUGACUAUUGGUGAGAGAUUUGGUGGUGCUUUGGACGGCGCCGCUGCUGAGUUCACUGGCGCUUUUGACAAGGGAUUGAGCCCAAGAGACUUUGUAGACACAAUGAGGAAGCAGAACAAACUGAUCCCUGGUAUCGGUCAUAGGGUCAAAUCUAGAAACAAUCCCGAUCUCCGUGUUGAACUUGUCAAGGAAUUUGUUCUCAAGAGAUUCCCUAGCCAUAAGCUUUUGGACUACGCCCUCGCGGUCGAGACCGUCACCACAAGCAAGAAGGAUAACCUUAUUCUCAACGUCGACGGUUGUGUUGCCGUAUGUUUUGUUGACCUCAUCCGAAAUUGUGGUGCAUUCACCGCUGAGGAGGCAGAGGACUAUCUCAAGAUGGGUGUCCUUAACGGAUUGUUCGUACUCGGACGUUCUAUUGGUCUCAUUGCCCAUUACCUUGACCAGAAGAGAUUGAGGACUGGUCUGUACAGACACCCAUGGGACGAUAUCACCUAUCUCCUUCCUAACCUCCAGGGGCCAUCACCUGGAAACGAGGGUAGAGUGGAGGUCGCUAUUUGAAUCAAAGGAAGAAAAAUAUGAUACCAGUGUUUUUCGCUGUUUCUUUUGGUUUUGUUUUCUAGAGUGUGAUUGGGAAAUAAAAAACUCUGAAGGGGAUUUCUUUUCUAUUAAAUAUGAAAUGUGAUACAGCUAUGUUGAUGAAUCAUGUCUUUCUAGCCUUUGUUAAUGAUGGUUUAUGGGAGCCACGUUUGGUGUGAUAUUUUGCGAAGCAAUUGUGAACCUUGAUUGAUUCA